CUCCAGACGUAGAUAGACAUGUAGUGCACACCAUCCUCUCUCUUGUGUUUACCCCGCUAUCUCCCGCACACACCAAAUCCAGCACCCAGGUUGACUUGCCAUUCGUUCAACGCACAGAACUGUGAUUGAUCCGAUCAAAAUGUCUGGCGCACAAGCAAGAGUAUCGCAGCUGAAGAACCAGCUCGGCGUCUUUGGCAGCGGUGUCGGACCUGGUCAGCUGCUCAAGGGCGAAGUUACGAUCAUCACAGGCGCCGGCAAUGGCAUCGGCAAGAUGGCCGCCAUCAUCGCCGGCGCGCACGGCGCCCAUGUAGUCGUCAGCGAUCUAGACCCUCAAAAAACGCAAGAGACGGUCGAUACGAUCAAGAACAACGGCGGCAGCGCAAUCGGCGUCCCUGGAGAUGUGACCGCGAAAGACUUUGGCGAGACGGUCGUCAAGGCAACGAUUGACGCAUAUGGCAAGAUCAACCACAUAGUGAAUAACGCAGGAUUCACCGCCGACAAGAUGCUGCACACAAUGAGCGACGAUAUCUGGAACUUGAUUCUCGACGUGCACUGCACGGCGCCUUUCCGCAUCGUCCGCGCUGCAGCGCCGCACCUGCGCCUCAAGGACCCAGAAAAGCACGAGAACAGGUGCAUCAUCAACAUCAGUAGCACCUCCGGUAUUCACGGCAAUGCGGGGCAGAUCAACUACAGCGCCGCCAAGGCUGCUGUCACCGGCAUGACCAAGACAAUCUGCAAGGAGCUCGGGCCUUUCAACGUCAGAUGCAACUGCAUCGCAUACGGUAGCAUUGACACCCGCCUCACCCAGGCAAAGGAAGACGGAGCGUCCAUCACCGUCAUUGGGCAAAAGAUUGCGCUUGGCAUUCCCGCGUCGAUGCGUGCCAACCCGCAGGCAAACAACGACGUACCGCUGCGCCGCCAGGGGAACGCGGAGGAAGCGGCCGCUGCGAUCGUCAUGCUCCUCAGCCCACUGUCCAGCUACAUUAGCGGACACACGCUCGAGGUCACUGGCGGCAGGGGCAUCUGAGCCAAGGCCAGGGCACUGAGCAGGCAGGUAUUAUCCCUUGUAUAUUAGGUCGCUGUAAAUCGAAAGGCAAUGGGU